AUGGCAAAAUACAAAGAAAUGAAAGAAAUUUCCGCCUCCCGAUGCGCACAUGCGCAUAACAACGCAAUUAGCUUUCGGGCAGAACGAGGCGUCUAUUUUGCCUUUUCCCGCCUGAUCACUGCGCAUGCGUGGCCUUCGGAUGGGUUUAGAUCAGAAUUUUUCUUAUUUUUACAAUCAUUUUUUCUUUCGGUUUUUGCUUCUGUUGUUGUUUUUUGUUGUUUUUUCUACUUCCUUUUUGGCCGUUGCUUUUCCUUCGUCUUCUUUUUCACAUAUUUUUCCUCUUCUAUUUCUCUUCUGCUUAUCUUUUUUAUCUAUCUUAUCUUUUUCUCCCUCUUCCUUAUUAUUAUUUUAUUCUUUUCAUCCAGUCGUUUCGACUUCACCCCCUUCUCUUCUGUCACAUUUUCUUCUUCUUCUUCUUCUUCUUCUUCUUCUUCUUCUUCUUCUUUAUUUUCUUCUUCUUCUUCUUCUUCACCUCCCCCUCCUCCUCUUUCUUCUUCUUCCUUUCUUAUACAAUUUUCAUUUACCCCUCUAUCUCCUUCGCGCGCAUAUAUUAUCGCUUCUCUCGCUCCGACCCUCUCUUUAUUUCUCUCUAUAUACUUAUCUAUCUUUCCUACGCACCCUCGUCCAAUAUCACUUUCGCCCUACCUAUUUCUCUCCCCCGCUAAAUCUGACACUAUCAUUAAUGCACGAUUCUCACCGAUUUCUCUCUCUGAUUCUAUCACUCUGACGCAAAGAGGCACACUCUCUCUCUUUCUCUCUCUCUCUCUCCCCUCUCUCUCUCUCUGA